AUGGCUGGUCUACCACCAUUAGGUUGUUUACCAAUUGUCAUUACACUUAACUCAAAUGAUGUAUUUUCAAAGAGAAAUUGCAUUGAUUCCUUUAAUUCCAUUGCUAGAGACUACAAUUCCAAGCUCCAAAACAAAUUAAAUGACAUGCAAAAUAGCUUUGCAAAUUUGGGUUCUAGAAUUGCUUAUUUAGAAGCUUAUAAAUCUACUAUGGACAUAAUUCAAGACAAGAAGUUAUAUGAUUUUGAAUUUGUGAACAUUGGCUGCUGUGGAACUGGCUUAUUGGAAUUUGGACUUGCAUCUCCAAUAUUAAUUAAAGCUCUAUCUAAGAAUAAUAAUAAUUUAGUUUCUGCCAUUUUUAUUUUUGGAGAUUCAACAGCUGAUCCUGGAAAUAAUAAUUAUAUAUCAACUCCUUUCAAGAGUAAUUUCUCACCUUAUGGAAAAGAUUUUCUAAACCAUGUUCCAACUGGAAGGUUUACUAAUGGAAUGCUUGCUAAUGAUUUCAUUGCUAGGUAUGUUGGUGUUAAAGAAUAUGUGCCUCCAUAUUUGGAUCAAAGUUUGAGUAUUGAAGAUCUCAAGACUGGAGUUAGUUUUGCAUCUGCUGGAACUGGAUUUGAUCCCCUUACACCAAAAAUCAGUAAUGUGAUCUCAUUGUCAAAGCAAAUAGAAUAUUUCAAGGAGUAUCAAGAGAAAAUGGAGGCAGCUAUUGGAAAAGAGCAAACACAAAAUUUGAUAAAAGAAUCAUUGUUCAUUAUUAGUGCAGGCACAAAUGACUUUGUUGUCAAUUACAACACACUUCCAAUUCGUAGUAAAACCUACAAACUCUCAAACUACACUGACUUCUUGUUACAACAUCUUCAACUCUUCCUCCAGAAAUUGUUGGAUCAAGGGGCUAGGAAAAUUGGCAUGGUAGGUCUACCACCAAUGGGUUGUUUACCAAUUGUCAUCACCAUUCACUCUGAUAAUGCAUUUUCAAAGAGAGAUUGCAUUGAUUUCUACUCUUCCAUUGCUAGAGACUACAAUUCCAAGCUCCAAAACAAGUUAAAUGACAUCAAGUUUGCAAAUUUGGGUUCAAGAUUUGCUUAUUUAGAUAUAUAUGGACCAUUGAUGGACAUGAUUGUAGGCCACAAAUAUGAUUUUGAAAAGGCUAACUAUGGCUGCUGUGGAACUGGCUUAUUGGAAGGUGCAUUUUUGUGCAACCCAAGUUCAUAUGUAUGCAAAAAUGCAUCAAAGUAUGUUUUUUGGGAUUCAAUUCAUCCAACUGAGAAGACAUAUUAUCUUAUUUCUCAAACAUUUCAGCCAACUAUUGAUUCCAUCACCAAAUAGUUUAACUUAUAUGCAAUAUAUCAGUAUAAGGAAACUUUUAUAUUACGAGGUUAUUUUUAGUUAUCGCAGUGCAUAAUCUAUUUUAUUUUUAAGCUUAAUAAAGAAGUUUUACAUUUAAAAAAGUUUAUCCGUAGCUUUUAGGGACAACUACAGAAAUCUUCUAUAUCUGGGGCUAAUUACAUUUCCAGAAGUUUCGCUAAUUACAAUAAUCUCAAAUUUUUUUAUUACUUUUGAAUACAUUUCUUGGUUGUUCGAUGCUUUGCAAAUGAUACAUUACUUAAUGUGAGAGAUGUAUUCGAGAAGAUAUAGGGAUGUAUCCAAGAGGGUAUAGCAAUGUAUCCGAGAGAGAAUUUUUGUUAUUUUUUUAAAUGACAGGAAUUUUAGAAAUUAUGUUAUUUUAAAUUGUGCAUUUGUGUAAUUUUUUUUUAAGUGAUUUGAUAACAAGCAAAUGAGACAUUCAAUGGCAAUAUAUAUAUUUUUAGUGAUAAUAUUUAUCGUUGCAAAAAUAUUUAGCGUCAAUUGAGUCAAUAUUAUUGCAUCUAAAAUUGCUAAAACCUUUAACAAUGAUAUAUAAAGUGUUGAUCAUAAAUAUUCAUAUUAUAUAAUAACCGUUAAAUAUAAUAUAGCAACAAUUACAUUAUUCAAAGAUCUCUACUACUAUUCCUCAUCAUUAUCAACUAGUGUCUCGUCCCUAGAGACAACCCUACCUUGUGGCGUGAGGUAUAUAUGCAUUUGGUAAUUUUAUUUUAUUUUUGUUAUAUAUGUAUAGAUAAUCUGAGAAAGGAUAGAUAUAUUUAAUUCUGCAUUCUUAUAAAUUAGAACUCAUUUGGGUACACUACUGGUUUGAAGCUAUGAUGGUACAUCUCGCAUCAUUGUGAGUUCGAGCCUAGACAAGGAGCUACUUUAUCUUUAAAUUUUGUGGUUGUCUCUGCUCACCGUCCAUCAUCAUUAACUAUCACCAAUAUGAGUGCGAGCCUAGACAAGGAGCUACCUUAUUUUUAAAUCUUGUGUUUGUCUCUGGCUCUCUGUUCACCGUUCAGUCAUCUUCAACCACGACUACUAUUACUGUCAAUCACUAUCAUUAAUCGUCACCAUCACUAGCCACUACUUACAAUCAUCACCACCGAUCACCAAUCACCAUCAUCAUCAUUAACAAUUAUACACAGUCAACCAUCACUGUCAUUCAUCGCCCCUAUUAGCCAUCAUUAUCAUUCAACUAUAAACGAACAACAACAACCA